GCAUUCGCAAAACGUGUUUAUGUUUUUGUAGUGCAAAACAUGUGUUGAUUUUGAGGCAAAACUUUAUAUUUUGUUUGUCAUUAGUUUUGAUUGUAUUUUGCAUUUGAAUCACAACUCAAUCACAACUCAAGACAAGUGAAGACACAGCCGAAGAGGAAAGGCGUGAAAAUGGUUCUGAAAAAACUGGACAAUCGGCUGAAGGUAUUGAUCGAGAAUGGGAUCGCUUGCGGACACCGCUCUAUGUUUGUGAUCGUCGGCCAGAAGGCCAAGGAUCAGGUGGUUAUAUUACACGAAAUGCUGUCCAAAUGUCUGGUGCGGUCGCGACCGACAGUCCUCUGGUGUUAUAAGAAAGAGCUCGGAUUCUCCACGCAUCGCAAGAAGCGUAUGCGUCAGAUGCAGAAGAAGAUCAAAUCGGGCGCCGAUAUGGACAACGAAGAGGACCUGUUCAUGACAUUCGUGGCCCAAACAAACAUCCGUUACUGUUAUUACAACGAAACGCACCGUAUAUUAGGCCAGACGUACGGAAUGGUUGUCCUCCAGGACUUCGAGGCCAUCACUCCUAACCUAUUGGCGCGAACUGUGGAGACCGUAGAGGGCGGCGGUAUUGUCGCUGUGCUCUUGAAUUCGGUGGACUCGUUGAAACAGUUGCACACAAUGGCGAUGGAUGUCCACCAGCGCUACCGCACCGAAGCUCAUCAGGAAGUGGUCAAUAGGUUUAACGAGCGCUUCAUUUUGUCGAUCAGUUCGUGCAAGAAGUGUGUGGUUGUUGACCAUCGACUCAAUGUACUGCCCGUCUCGUCACACAUCGCCGACAUUACGCCCCUCCAGAAGAAGGACUCGUCCACACCGUUGUCGGCCAACGACGCAGAGUUGGCUGAAUUGAGACAAUCUCUGGCCGACACACAGCCCAUCGGAUCCAUAAUUAAUUUGUGCAAAACCUUAGAUCAGGCGAAAGCUGUGCUCAAGUUUGUGGACACCAUAUCGGAGAAGACACUGAACUCGACGGUAUCGCUGACAGCGGCCAGAGGUCGCGGCAAAUCGGCUGCACUCGGGCUGUCGAUCGCUGCGGCCGUUGCCUUCAAUUACUCCAACAUUUACGUGACGUCUCCGUCGCCCGAGAAUCUGAAGACAUUGUUUGAAUUCGUGUUGAAAGGCUUUGACGCCAUUCAUCUGAAAGAGCACUUGGAUUACGAUAUCAUCCAAUCGACUAAUGUUGAGUUCAACAAAGCCGUGGUUCGGAUCAAUCUGUUCCGAGAACACAGACAGACAAUACAAUACAUACACCCGACGGAUGCGCUGAAGAACAAAAUCCUGGCCCAAUCGGCCGAACUUGUGGUCAUAGACGAGGCGGCGGCCAUUCCUCUGCCGAUUGUCAAGUCGCUGAUUGGCUCGUAUUUAGUAUUCAUGUCGUCGACGAUCAAUGGAUACGAAGGCACGGGUCGGUCGCUGUCGCUGAAACUUCUUCAACAACUGCGACAACAAUCGGCUACUUUUGGCCACAAGUCUGGCUCAUCGCUGACCGGCCGUAUACUACAUGAGUUGACACUCAAUGAGUCGAUUCGCUACCAAAAUGGCGACGACGUGGAGCUCUGGCUCAACAAACUGUUGUGUUUGGACGCGUCGAUCGCCGAAUCGAUUCCCACGGGUCAGUGUCCACUACCCGACGACUGUAGCCUCUAUUACAUCAAUCGCGACACACUCUUCAGCUAUCACUCGGCGUCGGAGGCAUUCCUGCAGCGAAUUAUGGCUCUGUAUGUGUCCUCGCAUUACAAGAACACACCCAACGAUCUGCAGAUGAUGUCCGACGCGCCUCAACACCACCUCUUCUGUCUGUUACCGCCGAUGAAUGAAAAACAGCGUUCGAAAGGCAAGAUUCCGGACGUCCUGUGCUUUAUUCAGGUGUGCUUUGAGGGCCAGAUAUCGGAGAACUCCAUUAUGAAUAGCCUGUCGCGCGGCAGGAGAGCGGCCGGUGAUCUGAUUCCGUGGACAAUAUCCCAACAGUUCCAGGACUCGCACUUCGGCUCACUAUCAGGCGCUCGAGUGAUAAGAAUCGCCACAAAUCCUAACUAUCAAAACAUGGGUUACGGGACGCGAGCCCUGCGUCUAUUGGAAGACUACUUCUGCGGUCAGUUUAAUAUCGAUCUCAACGAAAACAACGGCGACAACAAAAUGGAUGCGAUGGACAGCAACGAAGAGGGAACCGAUCGCAAGGUUCUGUCGCCACUAUUACUAUCGCUGAGCGAACGAAAAGCGGAACAAUUGGAUUAUUUGGGCGUUUCGUUUGGUCUGACCAGCGAUUUGUUAAAGUUCUGGAAAAAGUCGGGUUAUUUGCCGGUAUAUCUGCGACAAACGGCCAACGACUUGACGGGCGAACACUCCUGUAUUAUGUUGAAAGUGCUCAAUGAGGCCACUGUUGAGCAGCGCAUGGACUCAAUCGGCGGUGCGAUUGUCGGUCGCACUCAACGCACCAACGAUUGGCUCAAAGAGUUUUGGAUUGACUUUCGGAAGCGUUUCAUAGCAUUACUGUCCUAUCAAUUCAGUCAAUUCGGCGCCGCUUUUGCUCUCAAUAUUCUCUAUAAUCUUAACGUCAAAUCCGAUGCGAAUCAAGACUUUAAGGAAUUAACGCGCGAAGAGCUUCGACUCCAUCUGACUCUCUAUGAUAUGAAACGACUGGAACUGUAUUCGCAAAAUCUGGUCGAUUAUCACCUGAUUGUGGAUCUGUUGCCGACAGUAUCUCGUCUGUACUUCGGGCAGCGAUUUGGUCCGCAAAUGCAUUUAUCUCACGUUCAAAACGCCAUUUUGUUAGCCAUCGGUCUUCAGCACAAAGAUGUGGACGCGAUUUGCGCUGAAUUAGGGCUUCCGUCGACACAAGUGUUGGGUCUCUUCACUCGUGUGAUCAAAAAGUUUUCCAAUUAUUUGCGCGCCAUUGAAGAGAAGAGUGUGGAGAAGACAUUGACUGAAGUGAUACCUAUUGGCGACGACUCGAUGAGACCAUUGAGUCAAUCACUGGACGACGAGUUGACAGAAGCGGCAAAACAGGUCCACAAGUCGGCGAAGAAGGAGUUUAAAGAGUUGUCGAAAGACUUGUCUCAAUACGCGAUUAAAGGGUCGGAAGAUGUUUGGGACAGCGCUCUGAAAGGCAGUGGAAAGACAUUGGUUUCUAUUAAAAGGUAUGAUUUGUUAGUUUAA